UCGGUUAUUCUUUAAUCAGCUGUGCCAACCAACGAAAAGAAUUAUCAAUCCGGACGGUUCAAACGAAAUCAUUUUCGCGUUUGUUUGUUUGUUGUUUGUUUUCGCUGGCUGCGUGUACUUUGCUUUGCGGCGCGCAAGAACCAUUGACUGCGGAAAAGGUCAUUACGCGGAUCAGACUCGGCGAUUCACCGUGAGUUGCCGUUGUAGAAAAAUCAAUUCACUCGAGUGAGGAAAACAACACCAUGACUGUGGGAACGUUUGAUGCGUGGGAUGCGGCCGUAUUGAUCAGCAUUUUGAUAAUUUCGGCAUUGAUUGGCAUCUAUUAUCGGUACACAGGGGGCAAGCAGAAGACCACAAAGGAAUACCUGAUGGCGGACAAGAGCAUGACGACGUUCCCUGUGUCCUUCAGCCUGAUGGCCAGCUUCAUGUCCGCCAUCUCCCUCAUGGGCGUUUCAAAUGAGUCGUAUCAGUUUGGGACCAUGUUUUGUGUGAUAAAUAUCGCCUAUUGGAGCAGCACGCCCAUUGCCGCCUACAUAUUUCUGCCGGUCUUCUAUCGCAUGCAGACAACAAGUGUCUACGAGUACCUGGAGCGUCGGUUUGGCCAGGCCACCCGUCUGUGUGCCUCCUUAGCGUUCACAAUUCAAAUGGUCCUCUACAUGGGGAUAGCCCUGUAUGCUCCGGCUCUGGCCUUGGAGGCUGUUACUGGCAUUCCGCGGAGUACGGCCAUAUUGGUUAUUGGACUGGUCUGCACCUUUUACUCGACGCUCGGAGGUCUGAAAGCGGUUCUGAUCACGGAUGUCUUUCAGUCGUUCCUUAUGUUUGCCGCCAUCUUUGCGGUGAUAGCUGUUUCAGGAAUAAAGGCUGGCGGCUUGGGCGCAAUUUGGCAGGUGGCCGCGGAGCGUGGCCGACUCGAGAUAACCGAAUUUUCACUUGACCCAACGGUGCGACACACCUGGUGGUCCCUAAUUAUUGGCGGCAUGGUCACCUAUCUUUCGCUCUAUGGCGUCAAUCAGACCCAGGUCCAGCGGCUGUUAAGCGUCCACAACUUAAAGAGCGCGCAGUCGGCGCUCUGGUGGAAUGUACCUAUAUUGGGCUUGCUCAGCUUCAGCACCAUCUUCAGUGGACUGGCCAUCUUCUACUACUACCGCGAUUGUGACCCGCUGCUGGAGGGACGCAUCAAGUCACGGGAUCAGCUCAUGCCGCUGUUCGCUGUGGACACCAUGGGUCAAUAUCCCGGCCUGUGUGGACUCUUUGUCUCGGGAAUAUUCUCUGCUAGUCUUUCCAGUAUUUCAUCAGCGGUCACGUCUCUGUCGGCCGUUACCCUGGAGGACUACCUAAAGCCAUUAUACAAGGUCAUUUUUAAACGGACUCUAAUCGACUCCAAGUCCACGCUCCCCACCAAAGUUGUGGCUUUUAUCUUUGGUCUGCUCUGCAUUGGACUGGCGUUCGGGGCUGGCUCCCUUGGAGGUGUCCUACAAGCUUCGCUUACAAUCUUUGGUGUGGUGGGAGGACCUCUGCUAGCUGUCUUUACGCUGGGAGUCUGCACAACGCGCAGUAAUCAACGCGGCGUGCUCCUGGGCUUCUGGAUCUCGAUCAUUUUCGCCUUUUUCAUUGGAUUUGGUGGACCCAAACCGAAACCCCAGACCCUGACGUUCAGUACCUCAGGAUGUGGGAACACCACCAGUUUUGUCGCAGAAGACCUGCGCCUAGCCACAGAGAGCAGUCGGGUGGCCACUGAGCAGGAGUACUUAUGGCUCUAUCGACUCUCCUAUCUGUGGUUCAGUGUCCUCGGAUUUCUCAUCGCUCUAGUCAUUGGCUACAGCGCCAGCAGGGUCCUAACGUACUUGAAAUGGGCGGACAACUCACAGAUAUAUUUAGACAAGUACAGAAAACAGCUGGACUACGACCUCUUUGCUCCUCCACUGUCUCGUCGGUGGCGGCGCCAAGAGCAAGAACGGGCCCAGUCAAUCCAGGACGAGAUAUUCACCAAGCUAACAGAGCAAUAGUUCCAGCGAUAGUUUUAGUAGAAUUUAAUGAAAAAAGAGGAUUUUCCAGGAGGCGUCGCCUGGCACUCACCAACCGCUUUAGUCGUAGGUCUUUAGUCUAAUAUGAUUGAUGUCGUACCUAAAAGUGCAUAACAAUGUGACCUUUUCGUAUACCUGUGUGAACAAAGCUUGAACGCAGAUCGACCACUACAGAGUCUUCCAUAGAAAAAUAAUUAUAUUAAUAAUUUUUAAUUACAGUAGAACAUAUGUUCACGCCUACACACAUAUAUACCUCUCGUUGGCAUAACCAACAGAUUGUUACAUAUUGAAACCAUAGGGGUGUUCCUACUCACAGACUUUAAGCGCCGACAAUAACUCAUUUGAAAUCCGACCAAGUGAUGGCCGAUCCUUUUUUUAAUGCUAGGCACUGACAGUCACAAUGCCUAACGUUAAUGUUUUAUCGACAUACUUAAUAUUAUUUAUUGUUCAGUUACAUAUUAUUAAUAUAUUAAGAAUAAGUUCAGGGUUUCUAUAUUCUACAUACAUGUAUAUUUUAUAAGCCGAGAAUAGCUAGAUAUCAGGGUUUUAAGAAUGGUCUACAGUGAGCACUCCUAUUAAUAGUUAUUGAAAUGUUUUUUAUGCGAGAAGCGUUCUCAUAGCAUCUCGUGCUGGGCAAUUUUGUGACCUAUUUACAUAUAUGUAUACAUAUACACAAACGUACAAAACUAUACUAUACAAUACUAUAUACGAGUAUGCGUGCUGUGACGCCACAAAUUAUUGAAUAAUACCAUGUAUUCGUAUUAGUGAAAACUAUUAAAAUGAAGUGUUCAACGUUACGGAAA